UCAAGUGCGUGCGUGUGUGCGGGAGGGGCAGGCGCGCAGGCGGGGCGCCGUCGCCUUGGCCACUCCUCGUUUUUUUUUUCCGCCUAGGCUGAGCCAGCCAGGCGGCUAAAAGGAAGCAAGCAGGCGCCCGGGGCCCGGGUUUGCGCGCCGGGACAGGUCUCGGCGCCCCCCGCUUCCCCGCGCCUUUCAUUUUUCUCCUCUCGGCAAAGGCUGCUGCGGCGCAGCGGGGGCGCGAAGGGUGCCGCCGCCGCUGCUGCUGCUGUUGCCGCCACUGCCGCCGCAGCCUGGGCCUGAAACAAGAUGGCGGCCCCGGGCGAGUGCUUCAGUGUGGGCAGCCAGGUGUUGUGCCGGACUUGCCAGGACCAGCGGCUGCAGGGCGAGGUGGUGGCCUUCGACUAUCCUAGCAAGAUGCUGGCGCUCAAAUGCCCUUCUUCAAGUGGCAAACCUAACCAUGCAGAUAUCUUGCUUAUAAAUCUACAAUAUGUUUCAGAUGUGGAAAUAAUUAAUGACCGUACAGAAACCCCCCCACCUUUAGCUUCACUCAAUGUUAGCAAGCUUGCGAACAAAGCACGGAUGGAGAAGGAAGAAAAGCUGAGCCAGGCGUAUGCAAUUAGUGCUGGGGUAUCUUUGGAAGGACAGCAGCUUUUCCAGACUAUACACAAGACUAUUAAAGAUUGUAAAUGGCAAGAGAAGAAUAUAGUCGUGAUGGAAGAUGUUGUCAUUGCCCCUCCAUACCAAGUGGAAAACUGUAAAGGCAAAGAGGGGAGUGCCCUAAGUCAUGUACGCAAAAUAGUCGAGAAACAUUUUAGAGAUGUCGAAAACCAAAAGGUGAUGCAGCGUUCACAAGUCCAGCCAACACAGAAGGAAAGCGCCCUCUCGUCCUGAGUCCCGCCUGCCCUUCCUGGUUGCGACAGAUUGCUCCUGCGGAGGGUGGGGGUGGGGGGAACCCUUCGAACACGCAGCAGCAGAUGACACAGACGUCUUCAAAAUGAGGUCGGGGGAGGGCAGGGGGGUUCCACUUCUAUUUUGUGAUGGCCCUGUAAUGAUGGGACCCACAGCUUCUGAACUUUAGACUUCAAAAACAAGAGAAUAAUUUAAAAACUCAUUCAUUACUUGACUAACAGACUCUUUUUGCCCACCAGGUUUCCCCCCAACCCCUGAACAGUCAGCUGUCUUGUAUUUGAGGUUUUUCUCCCUCCCAGAAUUUUUUUUAGUUUUACUGAAAUCAGUUCCAUACCACCCCUCUUCCUCCUGAACCACAGGAGAAUUAAGCUCUGCAGUUGUCCUCAUUAAAAAAAAAAAGAUAGAGAAAACAGAAAAUAACAACCUGACUGUGGUAAUGUAAUCGGGACCUUUGUGUGAGUGGCGAUCUCGUUUGGUUUUUGUUUGCACAGGGCAAGGCUUGAAUUAGCCUUAUUUUUCUUAUCUCGAAGUAUAUAUAUAAUAAAUAUAUAUAUAUAUAAUGUCCUUUAAAUAUUUUCUGCUUCUUGCAGUACUCGGAACUGGGAUCAUGGCAGAAAAAAACACGCAUAUCUCCAUGCUUAACAAUCAAGCCUUUCGUUGGUGUUUUUAUGUGUAGCUCUGAAAAUCAGUUGUAUGCUGAAGCUAGAGUUUUAAUGGGCCGUGUUAUUUGGAGGACAUGCACUUGGGUUGCAGGCCUCCUCCUCAUGGUCUCUUCACAAGUUGAGCUUGUAUGAUAUCUUUCCAUACAUGGCUUUUAGUAAUACCACUGGAUUGGUGCUGCCCCUGACCAAAGCCCUAUGGUACUGUUGGAGUCAUCUUGUUCUUCCCAAAGGGCAUGAAAAUUGGGAGAUCAGGUAACUUCCCUUGUGUCCAUGUGCAGUUCCGUUAGCCAUGCCAAACUGCUCCAGGUGCUCUCUGUAAGUAAAUGUUCCUUGGGUGGAGCUUAUGAGGAACAAUGUGUGUUUGGCCCCUUGUGACUCAUUCUGGGGCUGGAGAGGGACAUGAGGCUAUGGUCUGAGUCAACACAUGGUAGUUCUCAGCCCCAAUCUAACUGCAGUGGCUCUUUUUUCCUCUUAAAUCAGGGCUUAAAGAUCCACACUGGGAUCUUUGCCAUGCUACUCUGCAGCGAAGUUACAUGAAUCCCUUUGGGUGUGAGUGGUGCAAGUUUGGUGCUCUUCCCGAAUAAAUUCUACUUGUGGCAUUGUCAUGUGACAUUUGAAACUUUCCAGUGAUACACACCUGUACCAAGUAAAUGUAAGAACCACUGUGAAAAUGGCAGUUUGCUGUUGCCCCUCAAUCAGAAUAUACUUGAGAUCAGGCACAAUUGCUGCUGUUUGGAUGAUUCAAACACGAUGUGCUGCUGCUCUUUUUUUGUGGGGCGGGAGUGAUUUUCCCUCUCUGCUGUGAGUAGUAUAACACUAUUUGUAGAAUACUACCCACUUUUCAAGAAGUAUUGUUCUCAUCCAGAAUUCUGUUGCACGCAUUUAACCCAUGUUGCUAUAAUGCAUUCUGGAGUUUUCAGAACAACCUUAAUCUCAAAGAUCCUCGUUUCAGAUCUGUUUACAUUUUAUCCCUUAAUCUGUCUUUCAUAAACAUACUUGCCUUAGAAAUAUGUUCUGGCAAGUAAAUAAAUUUUGAACUUGGACAUAAAGUGAGCUUACAAAUAAUUUUUUUUUGCCAUGAUCUCUUCUCCCCUUUCCCCCAUUUUUUUUAAACAAAUGGAUCAAAAUUUAAAUAAUUCAAGCCCUGCCUUUCAGAAUGGAGGGAUUUUUUUUAGUAUUGUCUAGCAAAACCAAUAAAAACCCAGAAUUUUUUUAACCAUCAAACAA